GCGUUGAAUACUAUGCAGGUUGCACGUUGUAAUGAACAUCACCGGUUUUCGGCUCGUUGCGGUGUGCGCGUUUCUGCUAUGCUUGUGUAGCCAAAACUCUGGGCUAAGUCGUCACGAUGUCAUUAAAUUCGGCAAAUCGCGUAAUAUUUCUUUUGAGAGGGGUGUGUUCAAGGCAUAGAUCUUUUUGUUCCUCUUCAGUUGCCCCCAAUGAAUUGCGGCUCACAAAUGAGGCACUCAGGAAGAAGCGGGACGCUUUGUUCACAGCUGAGAAGGAACGCCAAGCAGCGCUCAUCACGCGUGUGGAUAAAAUUGAAGUGCAAUACUUGGGUCCGAUGGAGGAUUGCACCCUGAUUAUGAACAAAGGAAUCUCUACACCACAUGACUGUGCUAGACACAUACAUGAAAGCCUGGUGCAGAGAGCAGCCAUUGCAGAGGUCGAUGGAGAACCAUGGGAUAUGAGUAGACCACUUUUACAGGAUUGCCAGCUUAGACUAAAUUUCUACAAAGAUCCCAACCCCUACUUUGCAAACAAGGCUUUUUGGCGAACUGGCAGUUUCCUUCUUGGUUACAUAGUAGACCGUGCUUUCAAGGACCAAUUUUAUGUUCAACUGCACAGUUGGCCACAACCCCAAGUACGAUCUGGGAGCUUUGUGUACAAUGUGGACCUUGGCAUAGAAAACUGGGAACCUCGUCGGGAUGAGAUGGACGUUCUAUCAGGAAUUGGGAGAAGACUUGCAACAAAGCCCCACCAUUUUGAACGACUUGACGUGGAUGCUUCAGUGGCACUCCGAAUGUUUGAAGACAACAAGUAUAAGGCUGAGCAAAUUCCUAGAAUCGCAGCAGCAUCACCAACCGGUAACACAGUCACAUUGUACCGUUUGCUGGACCAUGUGGACAUCAGUUCCGGACCCAUGAUUGGGUCUCUUGAUCACAUGAGCCGUUUCAAAAUUGUUGCGGUUUAUCCCAUGGACACUUCUAUAGGGCUCCUUUAUCGAUUUCAGGGCUUGGCCAUACCGAGCUCAUUUUCUAUCAGUGAAUUUGCAUAUAAUGUCUGCUGUGAACGUGCACAAAGAAUGAAUUACACAGGCCUUCCAAAGACUGAGUUUGAAGCUGAUGAGGAACCCAGUGAAGACAAUGUGCACUUUGAAGAUGUGAGCGCUGAAGAUGAACAUGUUGAAAGCAAGAUCACAAGUGACAAUGUUGCAGCUGCCCCCAAAGACUCAGCACCUGCAGCACCUAACCGCGCCUCUUCUAGCUGAGAAGUUAGGAACAACUGUAGCUAUGUUAUGAUAAAAGAAUAACACUUCUGAA